AUAAUAAUAUUUAUUAGAAAAUAAUCAAACAUUUAAUCUUAUUAGAGUUUAAGGUUUAGAGUUUUUGGCCAUGGCGGGCAGCGUGCGGAUUAGCAUCAACGAGCGGGAGUUCGUGGAAUCGGCGCUGCGGCAGGAGCUGCGCGUCGAUGGCCGGGCUCCGCCAGGUAAGAGGAGAAAUUUCUCUCGAUUCGCUCGAAAUCUUUCUCUCGGCAGGGAAGAUGGAGCUGUGGAAGUCCAGCAAGGGGAGACGAGGGUGCUGGCCGUGGUGAGCGCUCAGCUGGGGACGCCAUACCCGGAUCGUCCAAACGAGGGGUCCCUGGUCAUUAACACGGAAUUUUCGCCAAUGGCUGAUCCUUCCUUUGAGCCUUGGGGAAUUAGCAGUAGAGCUGGGACGUGUUAUCAAUCGUGGCUUAAGAACAAUCGAAGUAACAUCGGCCACCGCCAAGAGUUGCCCGAGCCCCGCUAGAAACGCUGCUUUGACGUCGACGAGUGGUAACCAACCUCAAGCUUCGCAAGCCUGCCACCGUUCACUACCCUCGUCUUCCACGGUGGAACAAGCUCCGGCCGUGUCGGUGGUAGAGCUCGAAGUGCACUCAAGGAAGCCUUUCCACCACCAAAGAGCUUCUCCACAUCGUCGAGCGAUCCAGGACCCUCGAAUGGCUGGAUCGGGGUGAAAAACUCUCCAGUGGCCAGAUGACAGCUCACAAAGAAAGCCUCCGUGAUUUCCCUGCCAGCACUAAUUUCCAUGGGGAAAUCCUUCCAAAUCCCUGCUGUUUCCUUGCUAAGUGAACUCCUUCACGGCCCUCUAGGGACACCAUCGCCUGGACUCCGGGUAUGUCCACUGCAAGGCUGCUUUUGCUAUCAUAGUCACCUUCGGAUGCCUGUUAGUGCCCAUCGCAUCGCUGCCUCGCCGCACCUCUACAGAGACAGAGUGCGGGGGAAGAAUAUGAAGAAGCCCUAUUGAGGCAGAGCUUCGCCUGUGAGCUUCAUGGCUCUCAUGAUCUGCAUUACGUUGCGCGAGUGAACUGGAUCAAGCCCGCUGCCCAUAGGAAUAGAGCUGAACAGAAUGUUCUCUGAUACCAUGAUGGAACGGGAAAAAGCUACUAUUCAAUGCUUGUUGUAUACAGUCUUAUAUACUCGUUCAUCUCC